CCUGGCUGUUUGCGAGCUGUGCUGUUUCUGCAGCCCCCUGGAUCUAUCGACACUACAGCCAUAAUGCCUACUUCACAGCCCAAGGUCAAGCAGCAAGCCGUAAGCAGGGAGCUUUCCGAGCCUCUGCCAACGGCCGAGACAUUCGAGGGUAUGCGUGGAAUUACGAGUAUAGCUGGGGACCUAGGAAACCAACGCGUCAAGGGCAAAGUCAUUAUCGUGACGGGGGCAAACUCUGAAAUCGGCAUUGGACGCGCCAGCGCGCAUCAGUUCGCACGUCACGGCGCUCGUGCAGUCUACAUUUGCGACUUCUCCGACUCCCAUCUUGACAAGCACAAGCGCGAGCUCAACACUCUUUACCCCUCGACAGAUAUACAUACGCGCCAAUUCGACGCUGCAGAUGAGGCCUCUGUUCAAAAAGUGUGCCAAGACGCACUGGAUACCUACGGCCGCCUCGAUGUCUUUUUCGCCAAUGCAGGAAUCGCCUCUGGUAGGGUGUUUUGGGAAGAAACCACCGAAGGCUUCAUGAAGAUGAUGCGCACAAAUGCGCUUUCGGUAUUCUUGGCAGCCAAAUACGCUUCUCGCGCUAUGCUCAAGACGUCCGAGGAAAAGCCGUAUCCCAGUGGUAGCAUCAUCGCCACUGCGAGCGUAGCGGGUUUGCGCUCGAAUGCCGGGCCCACGGACUAUGCCGCGUCCAAGGCUGCAGUCAUCAGCCUGAUGCAGACCUGUGCAUAUCAACUUACCGGCUCGGGCAUCCGAUGUAACGCCAUCUGCCCCGGACUGAUUGAAACGGGUAUGACAAAAGUAACCUAUGAUGCAGCGAGGAAGAGGGGAAACGAGAAGAAGAUUGGCCAGCUGAACCCGCUGCAGAGGGGAGGUCAGCCGGACGAGAUUGCCCGGGCUGUCUUGUUCCUAGCAAGCGAUGAAAGCAGCUAUGUCAAUGCACAGGCAUGGGCUGUGGAUGGUGGAUUGAGCGGAGGGUUGCCUUUUGUCCCAGGAAAGCUGGCAUAACCUAGGCGGUGGCUUUACCAUGUGAUACUAGGAGCGUUUCAAGAGGAUGCUUUGCAGACAAUGCUCGAAAACCGUUGGUUCUACAGCGCAGAGCCCACUAUUCC